GUCGCGGCUGAGUGGGGCGCUGGCGGUGGCGGCUGGCGGGGCUCGCCCAAGACUGCCUGGAGCUCGCAGGGCGCGCCGCCCGCCCCAGGGCCCGCUGAUCUCGCCGGCCCGCGCCCGCUCCACCUGUGCCUGGUGCGGGAGCGCGGAGCCGCGUGCAGGAGGAGCGGCCGUCAGCGCGGGGCACUAGGCGGGCGGACACCCCCGGGGACUGGGGGCUGCGCGACCGGUACCCGCCCCGAGCCGCCGCCGCCUGGCUGACUCCCCGGCUUGGCUCGGCCGCGGCGUCCGGCCCGGGUUCCGCGGCGCGGUCGGGGUUUGCGGGGCCGUUGCUGCCCGCCCGCCUCGAGUCUGCGUCCCGGGCCCGGGCGGCCGGCGAGCAUGGAGGAGAAGUACCUGCCUGAGCUCAUGGCGGAGAAGGACUCCCUGGACCCCUCCUUCACCCACGCUCUGCGGCUGGUGAACCAAGAAAUAGAAAAGUUUCAAAAAGGAGAAGGCAAGGACGAAGAAAAGUACAUUGAUGUGGUGAUUAAUAAGAACAUGAAGCUGGGACAGAAAGUGUUAAUUCCUGUAAAACAGUUCCCCAAGUUCAACUUCGUGGGCAAACUGUUGGGUCCCCGUGGCAACUCCCUGAAGCGUCUUCAAGAGGAAACCUUGACAAAAAUGUCCAUCCUUGGAAAAGGCUCCAUGAGAGACAAGGCAAAGGAAGAAGAGCUGAGGAAGAGUGGGGAGGCCAAGUACUUCCACCUCCACGACGACCUGCACGUGCUCAUCGAGGUCUUCGCCCCGCCGGCCGAGGCCUACGCCCGCAUGGGGCACGCGCUGGAAGAGAUCAAGAAGUUCCUCAUUCCCGACUACAACGACGAAAUCCGGCAAGCCCAGCUCCAGGAACUGACGUAUCUGAACGGGGGCUCGGAGAACGCCGACGCCCCGGCCGCCCGGGGGAAGUCCGCCCUGCGCACCAGGGGGGUGCCGACCCCCACGAUGAGCAGGGGAAGGGGUGUGGUCGCAGCCCGGCCAGUCGGGGCAGGGGGGCCACGAGGGACGCCAGCCUCCCGGGGGGUCCUGGCCACCCGGGGGCCAGUGAGCCGGGGAAGAGGACUUCUUACGCCCAGAGCAAGAGGAGUCCCCCCAACCGGGUACCGACCUCCGCCGCCGCCCCCGACGCAGGAGACCUACGGAGACUAUGACUACGAUGACGGGUACGGCACCACCUACGACGACCAGAGCUACGACUCCUACGACAACAGCUACAGCACCCCGGCCCAGAGCAGCGGUGCCGAUUACUAUGAUUAUGGGCACGGGCUCAGUGACGAGACGUACGAUUCCUACGGGCAAGAGGAGUGGACCAACUCACGACACAAGGCGCCUUCCUCGAGGACGGCGAAGGGCGUCUACCGGGACCAGCCGUACGGCCGAUACUGAUUGUUCUCCCUGGUGUUGUGACAUAGCCUCCACCCGCCCCGUAGACUGUUCAAAGUAAUUUUUUCUAUGAACCCUCCCUUUUUAAAUAAAUCAGAAUGCUUAAAACCCGAACGGAUGGAACUUAGAACGACUUUUUUUGUGUGGAAACGGCCACCUGGGCAGAAAGAAAAAGAAAAAAAAAAAAGGACAUGUAAAACUUUGUUAUUUCCAGUCUGUAUAUGAAAAGCUAGGUCAUGAAAAGGAAAAAAAAAUAACUUUGAUUAACUAGUGUUAAACAAAAAAAAAUAGGUUGACUAAAUAUGUUAAUCCAUCUUUAACAUAAGCCUCACCUUUCAUUUUAAAGAUUUCCAUAGAGUUUAGUUCUUUUAUCUUGGUCAUAUGCCAGUUUUUUUUUUUUCUCUUGCCAACAUGCGUAAAAAGGGAAGCCAAUUUACAAGUGCAGAUACUGUGGUAUUC